UUUGCAAUUUUUUUUCUUAUAAUUGGAAUCGCACUUUUCAUUCCAUGAUCCUGACAGAAGCGUAUACUGAAGUUAUAUUAUGGAAGAAAGUUCACAUUUCUCUCAUAAAAUUUAUAAAAGUGAUCCUUUAUCGUUUAAAAAUUAUGUUGGCUUACAAGUAAAUAUUUUGACAGAAGAUGGAACCACAAGUUCAGGUAUCGUGUAUACAGUUGAUCCCGUAUCAGAGAGUGUCGUACUGCUACAGGGCUGCCAACAAAAUCAUUUAAAGAUCGUUUUUGGCCAUGCAAUAAAAAACGUUGAAAUUUGCACAGACAAAUUGUACGAAUUACCAGAAUUAUUUACGACUACACCAACAAAUUUGUCUCGAUCGGCUAUAGAAAGACGAAAAAAUGCCGUGAUUAAAAUACUUCGAGAAAAUAGAUUCGGUGUAAAAGAAGAAAAUGACAUCAUUACAGUUGAAAAUAUUCUUUCGAUAAAACCACCAUACGAAUCUAUCAAUUGUGUUUGUGCUAAUAGCAUUAUUUUGGGAAGAAUUCAAAAUCUUCUUUCUUGCAUUGAAAUUUAAUGAAAUAUUUUAAGUAUCACAUACUGUUUUUACUUAAUUAAAAAGAUAGAUUUGUAUUGAAAACACUCCUUAGUAACUCACAAUAUAUGUAGGUAACCAAUGAAUUAUAAAACAAUACCAUUCCUUUUAAAAAAAUUUUAUUUUAAAAUUUGAA